GCGCGGGCCGAGGGCUCCUGCAACUGCUCGCGCGGAGCCGGAGGCGGAGAAGAACGACGAGGACCGAGACUGACGCUUCUGCUUCCCGGCGCCUGCCACUUACGCGGGGCCCCCCAACCCAGCCUCAGAGCAGCGCGUUAAAAAAAGAAAGAAAGAAAGAAAGAAAAGCAGCCCUUAGCCCCCUCCUCCCCUUUCCUGCUUCUGCGAGAACAUCCCCCCCUCCCUCCAGCUCCGCCAGCCAAGGCGCCCCUUCCUUGGAAGCCGAGCGGCUUCGCUCGAAUUUCGCCGCCGCCGCCUCUCGCAAUAUUGCAAUAUAGGGGGAAAGCAGACCAUGGUGAAUCCGGGCAGCAGCUCACAGCCGCCCCCGGUGACGGCCGGCUCCCUCUCCUGGAAGCGGUGUGCAGGUUGCGGAGGCAAGAUUGCGGACCGCUUUCUGCUCUAUGGCAUGGACAGCUACUGGCACAGCCGGUGCCUCAAGUGUUCCUGCUGCCAGGCGCAGCUGGGCGACAUCGGCACGUCCUGUUACACCAAGAGCGGCAUGAUCCUUUGCAGAAAUGACUACAUUAGGUUAUUUGGGAAUAGCGGUGCUUGCAGCGCUUGUGGACAGUCUAUUCCUGCGAGCGAACUCGUCAUGAGGGCCCAAGGCAAUGUGUAUCAUCUGAAGUGUUUUACAUGCUCUACCUGCCGGAAUCGCCUGGUCCCAGGAGAUCGGUUUCACUACAUCAAUGGCAGUUUAUUUUGUGAACAUGAUAGACCUACAGCUCUCACCAAUGGCCAUUUGAAUUCACUUCAGAGCAAUCCACUACUUCCAGACCAGAAGGUCUGCUAAAAGGUCAGAGUAAUGCAGACUGCGUGCCUUCAUCUCAGAUCUUGUUCAUCACAGGUGGAUCCCAUGUGUCUUCAGUAGACAAGUCACCUUUGUAGCUAGCACCAGUGCCAGUUCCAUGCCA